UUCAACAUUCGAGUCUUGACUUGAGAGAGAGAGAGAGAGAGACGGCGACGAUGAGGAAGACGAAGUCGAUGUCAAAGCAUUUCUUACACAUGCAUGAACUGGAGCUGAAUGAUAAAGGCGAGGACUGUAAAGACAAUUGCAGCAUCUGCAAACAACCAAUCUCUGAAUCCAACUUUUAUCAUUGCAAUCUCUGCCCUGAAAAAAUGCGCAUCCAUGAGUAUUCCUGCUCUGAAAUUCCACUUCAAUUGGAUCACCAUCCCAUUCACCCUCUCCACAUGUUUUUCCUUUCUGAAAAAGUCCGUCGAACCGACUUUUGCCAUGCUUGUGGCGGCAAUUGUUAUGGAGCCUUCGCCUACAAGUGUGGACCGUGCUUUUCUCGAUGUCAACUGCGCUCUCCUCACCAAAAACAACAACAACAAACGACAGUACCACCACCAGAAGAAGAAGAUUCAGUUUCAAUUUCAGCAGCCGCAGCUUCCCAAUCACCCUCAUCCCUUGAUAUUGUGCUAUAAGGAUAAGAAUUUGACUUAUAAAUGCACUUGCUGCAGCUUGACUAUUGAUGGAGAUUGGCUCUAUGUAUGCCUACAGUGCAAGGGUUUGCUCCACCAUUCUUGCGCCGAGUUGCCCUCGAAAAUCGAGACCCAUUUCACUCCUCUCAUCCUCUUUUGCUCCAAUCUCGAUCAGGCUUUUAUGACCGAGAGUUCAUCUGCAGCCUCUGUUGCCAGAGGCGGGACGAUUUCGCCUACCAUUGUCAUAAGUGCAAGUUUGUUGUAGACGUUCAUUGUGCUUGUUUGAAACCGGCACGUCAGACUCAGAUUCAACAAUUCACCCAUUCCCAUCCCCUAGUUCUCUGCCACAAUAAAGACAACCUUCCUUAUACCUGCUAUGCGUGUUCGCUUCCCUUGGAGGAUUCCAUCUAUUUUUGCCCUGAAUGCUGUGUCUUGCUUCAUAAAAAGUGUGCUAAUUUGCCUCAGGAAAUCAUCAAACACCUCCUUCACCCUCAGCACACUCUUCCCCUCCACCCUCCACUACCAUCGACAAAGUCAUGUAUACACACGCAACCUGGAAUGUGGUGUAUGUUUAAAUUAUUGUUAUGAUUUUUACUACGAAUGUUUCCAUUGUCAAUGGUACAUGGACGUUAGAUGUGCUUUCUUGUCAAGGCCCACGAUUGUGCGCAGGACUAAAUUUCACCGCCACCUGCUUGUUUUAAUCUCCGAUGUGUCACAUUAUAAAAUGACCUGCAGUACUUGUAGUAAGAACUCCCGUUUCCCUUUAUUCCGUUGUGUGUGGUGCAAUGUCAAUCACCAGGGCCAUUGUAUUUCAGCAUUACCGCCUACCCUCAAAUACAAAAGUCAUGUCCAUACCCUUACCUUCACAAAUCAUCCAAGGAAAGAUCGCCCGGAGGAUGGUGAUGAUGGAGAGUUUUUCUGUGACGCUUGCGAAAAAAGAAGGGAUCUAGCGCUACCAACUUAUUAUUGUACGGAUAGAUGCCAGUACAUUGCUCAUCCUCAUUGCGUGGUAUCUGAGGUAUGUCUGCAUUGAGUUUUACAUAUCAAAUUAAAAUUGAUUAAAAUGACCCAUAAAGAAAAAGGACUCAGUAUAAGAUCCCGUAGUUUUCUUUUGAUUUAAAACAGGGAUUCCAUUGAUCUUACUAAAUGCCAUGCCCAAUUUUGUCAUUGAACAUAAGACAUUUCAUUCUCAAAAAGUGAUUUCGUCCUUAAAUUUUUGUCUCUAAAACCUUAAUUUGUUGAAGCGAUUGACAGGGUUCUAGAUAAGUCAUUCGGUAGGCAAUGUAGUUCCUGUGUUGGCUAAGGACUCUACGGUUAAUUUGGACAGUGUUUUGUUUUUUUUUAUUUUAUUUAAGAUUUAGAUGGAUGAACUUUUAGGCUAUUGAUGUGCUUCAUAAGGGUGGAGAGAGGCCAUUAAUGUGGUUGGUGCUUUUUUGGAGUAGUUUUUUGUUGAAGGUUUUCGCAUCUGAGUGGUUUGUUUCGUAACACUUAAUUGGUUUUGCUUCGAUUUUCAAUUUCUGCAUUGG